AUGAAGUUUCGUUGGUUCGCAUAUCAUAGGGGUCGGAGAGAUGAAGACAUUCAGGAACUUUUACUCAUUGAAGAAUUCCUGGAUAUUGAAGCCGACAUGUGUGGGGACUUUGCCCCACCUGAAGUUCCAUCUGAUAAGAAGAGUUCAAGAAGACCUGUACACACUGUACAAGAAGAGUCUCAAGAUAAGAAGUUUAAGAAGUCGUGCCCCGUUUGUGAAGAGGAACAUUUUGCAACAGAGUGCAAGAAGUUCAAAGAAGCGUCGAUUGAUAAGAAAUGGGACAUCAUCAAGAAAGCGAAGAUUUGUUUCAAGUGUCUUCGCUUCAAGCACUUAAGAAGCAACUGUAAAGCGCCUGUCUGCAGGAAGUGUCGAAGAUGGCAUCACACUAUCUUACACUCGGACAAGCCAGAAGUACAAAAGUCAAGCAAUAAGGAAGGCGCAUCAGAAGAGAAAGUCGCCUCAGUCCACAACAACAAGGAUGAAAACAGAGCAUAUUUGAAGAUUGUUCCGGUGCAACUCUACGGGCCCAAGGGACAAGUUCGUGUGCUCGCCUUGUUGGACGAAGGGUCGACCGUCACACUCUUAGACGCGUCGGUAGCCGAGAAGAUUGGAGCUGUAGGAAGUCGCGAUGCACUCACAAUCGAAACCGUCGGCGGGAAGGUCAUUAGGAAAGAUAGCACACAGAAGAUCAACUUGAAGAUUAAGGGGGUUCACAGAAGGGAUAAGAAGACUAUCACUGUUAGAACCAUCGACGAUCUGAAGCUAUCUGAACAAAGGGUCAACAGGAGCACUGUAAAGAAUUGCCUACAUUUGAAGGCAAUUGAAAGGCAGUUGCUCUACGACGCAGAGCGACCGAAGUUACUGAUUGGGCAAGACAAUUGGGGACUCAUAGUCACAAGAAGACUGAAGAAGGGCAAGCCAACUGAACCCGUAGCCUCACUCACACACUUAGGGUGGGUGCUACAUGGGUGUGAAACCGGAUCGAACGCCGAAGUCAACUUCACGCACUACGGCAGGGCAACGUCAGAAUGCGAAGACAUUGAAGAAGUCGUCCGGGAACAUUUUCAGUUAGAGUCUCUGGGGAUUCAAAAUCGACUGCCAUCAAACGACAGCGAUAGAAGAGCAUUGGAAACCUUAGAGAAAACAACGAAGCGACUACCAAGCGGUCAAUUCGAAGCAGGCCUCUUGUGGAAGAAGGAAGGCGAGACCCUACCCAAUAACUACAAUCAAGCGUUUCGUCGCCUGGUCAACAUAGAGAAGAAGCUGGAUCGUGAAGAAGAUGUCAAGGAAUAUUAUGAGAAGCAGAUCCAGACUUUAAUAGAAAAUGGUUACGCAGAGAAGGCCCCCGUAACCACCACUAAGGGGAAAACAUUCUACUUACCUCACUUCGCCGUCAUACACCCGGUCAAGAGGAAGCCAAGAAUUGUUUUCGACGCAGCAGCCAAGUAUGAAGGAAGAAGCCUCAACGACGCAUUGCUAGCAGGACCUGACUUGCUGCAGUCGCUAUUUGGGGUGCUACUGCGCUUUAGAGAAGGCCCAGUGGCAGUCAUGGCUGACAUACAAGACAUGUUUCUUCGUGUCAAAGUUAAGGAAGAAGACCGGGAUUGUUUAAGGUUCCUCUGGAGGGGAAGCAGAAGAACAGGCAAACCGGAAGAGUACAGGAUGUCGUCGAUAAUAUUUGGAGCAGCGUCAUCACCUGCGACAGCUAUAUACGUGAUGAAUAAGAACGCAGAAGACUUCAAGAUCACGCACCCUGAAGCUGUGAAGGCAAUAAGAAGAAAUCAUUACAUGGAUGAUUAUCUUCAAAGUUUCUCGUCAACCGCCGAAGCAAAGAAAAUUUCAAGAGAAGUUAAAGAAAUUCAUUCAAAGGCAAGCUUUCACCUGAAGGGAUGGGCCAGUAACGACUCAAGAGUGCUGUCAGAAGUUGAAGAUACUACAAAGGAAGACUCUCUGCAGCUUACGAAGGAGGAGAAAACUCUGGGUCUAAGAUGGCUCGUCAAAGAAGAUAGCCUAGCAUUUAACAUCGGUCUUCGCAAUACACCAAAGGAGUUAUUGGAAGACAGAAGAGCGCCAACUAAGCGUGAAGUGACAAGCGCCGUGAUGUCAACAUUCGACCCAAUGGGCUUUGCGGCGCCAGUCUUGAUACAAGGGAAGAAACUUAUUCAAGUCAUUUGGCGAACUAAAAUAGGCUGGGAUGAGGCAAUCAACGAUGAACAAAGGGAAGCUUGA